GCCGGUAUAACUCCCUACCGUUUUCGUCCACCGAUCAUAACGGAGAAGAAAGGAGCAGAGGGGAAGCGAGAAUCGGAGGGAGGCCUGCAGAUGGAAGGACUCGUCAAGGGUUUGAUGAACGCAGCCCUAGACGCCGUCGCCGGUGAGGAAGACGAAGACGCCGCCGCUGCCGCUAGAAUACAGUCCUCUCCUGCCGAGGAGCGAUCCAGAUCCACCUGGGCGGAGGUGGUUUCCUCGGGGCAUGAGGAGGAACAUGAGCGGGUCCCAGAGAGCGAUUGUGGUAACGGUCGAAACCAAAGGGUCGCUAGAAAGGAGGAGAGUGAAAUGCGGGAUGAUGGAGAAUGGAUGGUCGUUGGCGUCAAGAACAAGAAGCAUCAGCAGACUGCACCCAGAAGGCCACACAAGGCAGUAAUGAAAUUCUGGGGUGUGUAUAAGCGGCCGCCUAAUGAGCAGGAAUACAUCAAUGAAGCUAAUAAUGGUAUGGGUUUAGAACCGAUCAGAGAGGAGCUUGACAAUUUGUCAAAAGCCUGCAUCAGGUUAUGGGAACUUGAUCUUAAUCGAUUGGUGCCUGGCAAGGACUAUGAUAUUGACUGUGGUCAAGGGAAGAAGGUUUAUCAAAAAGGAGAUAUGGCAUCAAAAAGCUUGUUUUCCUGGAUAAGCAAAGACAUAUUUAUGCGGCCUACAUACUCUCGUUUUUGCUCUCUUCUGGACAAUUACAACCCAAAUGUGGGGUGUAAAGAAGUCAUAACUUCUGAGGAGAAACAUGAACAAGCUGCAUUUAUCGAGGAAAUAAGCAGGACGGCACCAAUUAAGUAUCUUUACCACUAUUUAGUUGCCAAGGACAUAAUAUCCAAUGAUUAUGAAGACUUCAAGAGAAUGAUGUCAGAUCUAUGGUUUAAUCUAUAUGGUCGAGGUGGUCAUUCCAGUUGUUCUUCAGCUUUUGAACAUGUAUUUGUUGGAGAAAUUAAAGGGCGUGAAAAAUAUGAGGUUUCUGGUUUCCAUAACUGGAUUCAGUUCUAUCUAGAAGAAUGGAAAGAGAGAGUAGACUACCAAGGCUAUAUAUUCCCAAAGAAGCGAGGAGAGAGCCCAGACUCUGAAACUCAGCUGCUAACUAUUCAGUUUGAAUGGAAUGGUGUUCUGAAAUCUGUCUCAAGUACUUUAAUUGGAGUGAGCCCAGAAUUUGAAAUUGCACUGUAUACUCUAUGUUUCUUUGUGGGUGAAGAAGAUAAUCAUGUUUGUCUAGGUCCAUAUUCUGUCAACAUAAAGUGCUAUAGGCUGGGAAAAAAUAAGAUUGGAUCGGUAUUUCCUGUGGCCGAAAUUUAAUUCUAGGGUUUAUUUAAAUAAGGUGGAGGGAAGCUAAUGUUUUUUUGUAGGUUCCAAUAAGUGUUACGUUUUUUCAAUCUUUCUUCUAUCGGCUAUCAUUUUUGUCGGCAUGUCCAUGCCGAAUUCUCAAAUUUUGUGUUGGCUAAUUAAGCAGUAGAAAAUUUCAGUUCCAUUUA